AAAUUUAGCAUUUAAUUAUUCAUUGGGAAAGGAAGCCACUAAAAGCCUUGAAAAUAUUACAAGCAUGAAGGAAGAAGAAAACAAAUUUCAAGUUAUUUCAUACCCCAAACCUCCAUUAACACUUGGAUCUACCUAUACAAAAAAUAUCAAGAGCUUAUUGUCUAGGGAGAAGAUUAUAAAGAGGUCAUAGAGAAACUCAAGGAUGAUCAAGUCAAUAUGAUUAGCAUCUGUGGGAUGGGCGGAGUGGGAAAAACCACAAUGGUGAAAGAAGUCAUCAAAAUAAUAGAAAAAAGUAAGCUAUUUGAAGAAGUUGCAAUGGCAAUGUCUCCCAAGAUAUAAAAUUAUGAGAAGGUCCAAAUUCAAAUUGCAGAGGUUUUGGGCAUGGAAUUGAAAAAGGUCAGCGAGAAAGGAAGAGCCAUGUAAUAUUAAUUACAUGAGAGACUGAUGAGAAAAGAUAAAAAGGUUCUAAUUGUCCUUGAUGAUGUGUGGGAUAUUCUAGACUUUGAGUGUAUUGGACUUCCUUAUCUAGAACAUGAGAAAUAUUGCAAAAUAUUGCUCACAUCACGGGAUGAAAAAGUGUGCAAAAACUUGGGAUGCAAUGUGAAUUUUCAAGUUUCUGUGUUGUCGGAGGAUGAGGCUUGGUAUCUAUUUCGAGAGAUGUCAGGUGGAAUUGUAGAUACAUAUGAUAUCAACCCAAUAGCAAGUGAGGUUGCAAAGGAAUGUGGUGGCUUGCCUCUUGCAAUUGUGACAGUUGGAAGAGCACUAAGUAAUGAAGGGAAGUCGGCAUGGGAGGAUGCACUUAGACAUUUAAGAAAUUUUCAAUCAUCUCCCUUCUCAGACGUUGGAAAAUUUGUCUACCCCAGCAUUGAGCUUAGUUUAAAGUUUUUGGACAGCAGAGAACAUAAGCUCUUCCUUAUGCUUUGUGGAUUGUAUCCAGAAGACUUUGACAUUCCCAUUGAAAGUUUAUUGUGUCAUGGUUUUGGCUUGGGUCCGUUCAAAGACAUCAGUGCAUCAUGGGAAGCAAGAAAUCGAGUGCAUACAUUGGUGGAAGAUCUAAGGAGAAAGUUUUUAUUGUUGGAUAGCAGUGUGCCAGGGUGUGUGAAGAUGCAUGAUAUUGUGCGUAAUGUUGUUAUAUCAGUAGCAUUUAAAAAUGCAGAAGAUAAAUUCAUGGUAAAGUACACCUUUAAGAGUCUAAAAGAAGAGAAAUUGAACGAGAUCAAUGCAAUAUCACUUAUUUUGGAUGAUACUAAAGAGUUAGAAAAUGGCUUACACUGUCCGACACUUAAAAUUUUACAAGUAAGUUCAAAAAGCAAGGAACCAAUGUUUUGGCCUGAACUUUUCUUCCAAAGCAUGAGCACACUUAAAGUUUUAUCCAUGAAAAAUUUAUGCAUUCCAAAACUGCCAUAUUUAUCCCAAGCUUCAGUCAAUCUCCACACAUUGCAAGUAGAACACUGUGAUGUUGGAGAUAUAUCUAUAAUCGGUAAGGAACUUAAACACCUAGAAGUCCUAAGUUUUGCACAUUCUAAUAUUAAAGAACUCCCAAUUGAAAUAGGAAAUCUGGGCAGUGUAAGAUUAUUAGAUUUGUCAAAUUGCAAUGAUCUUGACAUCAUUUCUGAUAAUAUCUUGAUAAGAUUGUCUCGGUUGGAAGAACUUUACUAUAGAAUAGACAAUUUUCCUUGGAAAAGAAAUGAAGUUGCGCUCAACGAAUUGAAAAAAAUAUCUCAUCAGCUAAAGGUUGUUGAGAUAAAAUUUAGGGGGGCUGAAAGUUUAGUCAAGGAUUUGGACUUCAAAAACUUGCAAAAGUUUUGGGUUUAUGUGGAUCCAUACACUGAUUUUCAACGAUCUUUAUAUUUGGACUCAACUUUAUUGCAAGUUAGUGGUAUAGGCUAUCAAUCUAUUGGUAGCAUAUUGAUGAUCUCACAAUUGAUUAAGAAAUGUGAAAUCCUCGUAAUAAGAAAUGUGAAAGCCUUGAAAAAUGUUAUGCCACAAAUGUCACCUGAUUGUCCAAUUCCAUGCUUGAAAGAUUUAAGGGUUGAUUCAUCUAUUAUUAGAGCAAUCACCAAUAUUGAGAAAUUGGAGAUAAGAUCUUGUAAGUUGAUGGAGUAUUUAGUGACCACUGAAGAAGAUGAUGAAGGUGGCCAUAUUAAUAAAGAGGAAGUAAAUAUCAUCUCGUUUGAAAAAUUAGAUUCCUUAACACUUUCAGGACUCCCAAGUAUAGCACGUGUUUCUGCAAAUUCUUACGAGAUAGAAUUUCCAUCCUUAAGAAAGUUGGCUCCUUCUGUUUCUGAAACAAAACCCAAGAUAGAGUUGGGUGGUGCACCUCUUCUUGAAGAUUUUUAUGUAAACAAUUGUUGUUUGCAAGGGAUGGAUAAAACAAGGAUAAGAUGCACACCAGUUAUAGACGGACACUUGUUGCCAUACUUAAAAUCACUAAUCAUGAAAAGAUGUGAAAAAAUAAGUGUAUUGUUAUCUUCUUCGUCCAUGAGAUGUCUUAAGCAUCUAGAGAAGCUACACAUAUUGGAAUGCGAUGACUUAAAUGAGGUAGUUUCUCAAGAAGAGUCAGAGUCAAAUGGAGAAAAGAUUGUGUUCCCUGCAUUGCAACAUCUAUGUCUUAGAAACCUUCCAAACCUUAAGGCUUUCUUCCAAGGACCCUGUAAUCUUGAUUUUCCAUCACUGCAAAAAGUGGACAUCGAAGAUUGUCCCAAUAUGGAACUUUUUUCACGAGGAUUUAGUAGUACACCUCAGCUUGAGGGUAUCAGCAUGGAGAUUGAAUCAUUCAGCAGCGGCUACAUACAGAAGAAUGACAUGAAUGCCACUAUACAAAGAUUUAAAGCAUGUGUGGAAUUACAAAGUUCUGAGAUGUUGAACUGGACGGAGCUAAUUGAUAAAGACAUGUUUGGAUACUUUUUCGAAGAAGGGACAAUCAACAUCACAAGAUUUCAUAGAUUAUCAAUGCUUGUACCAUUCAGUGAGAUACAAAUACUUCAACAUGUGAGGGAACUCAAUGCAAGUGACUGUGAUUCAUUGGUUGAGGUGUUUGGAUCAGUAGGAGAAUUUACAAAAAAAAAUGAUGUUGCUACACAUUAUCAUCUACAAAAGAUGAGAUUGGAAGACUUGGCCAGAUUGAGUGACAUAUGGAAACACAAUAUCACAAGUUUUCAAAAUCUUGCAAAAAUUAAUGUUUCUGAUUGCCCCAAUUUGAGGAGUUUGCUCUCCCACUCAAUGGCUAGAAGCCUUGUGCAACUUCAAAAAAUAGUAGUUGAGGAUUGUGAAAUGAUGGAGGAUAUAAUAACAAUGGAAGGGGAAUCUAUAAAAGGAGGCAACAAAGUCAAGACAUUAUUUCCUAAGUUGGAGUUAUUGACACUUGAAUCUCUUCCUAAGCUGAAAUGUAUCUGUUCAGGAGAUUAUGACUAUGAUAUCUCUUUAUGCACUGUUGAAGUGGACAAGGAAUUCAAUAAUAAUGAUAAGGUUCAGAUUUCAUUUCCGCAACUAAAGGAAUUAGUGCUUUGUGAAGUACCAGAGCUCAAGUGUUUUUGUUCAGGAGCGUACGACUACGAUAUCAUGGUGUCGUCAACUAAUGAGUGUCCAAAUAUGACAAACUUACUCCAUGGAAAUGUUAUUGUAAACACACCCAACCUUCAUAAUCUAUGGUGGGAAUGGAAUUGGGAUGAUAUUCAAACACUCGGAGACCUAAAUUUGACAAUAUAUUAUCUUCAUAAUUCAGAGAAAUACAAGUCAUUCAAUCCAUAUACUUAUCCUGAACAUUUGGAAGUAAGUAUUUUUUGUCUUUCUUUCUUGAAGAUGCAAUUUAAGAAUUUGAAAGGAGCUGCUACAAACAAAUCUUUUCUCUUGAAAACAACAGUACAUGUCAAUUGUCAAGGUACAUUGAUUUGGCUUUAUUUUGUGACAAGUACUGACAAAUUUGAUGUUAUGUUUUCAAUUGCUAUUGCAAUCUUCCAUCAUGAAACUGAAUGGUUUUAA